AGGAGGAGGCUGGCUCGAACCAGAUCCAGACCCUGGCAUCGUGGAAGCAAUGGAUCGGAAGAGGUGGGAGUGCUCAGCUCUCCCGCAGGGAUGGAAAAGGGAAGAAGUGACCAGGAAAUCGGGGCUCUCUGCUGGCAAGAGUGAUGUCUAUUAUUAUAGUCCAAGUGGGAAGAAAUUCCGCAGUAAACCUCAGCUGGCCCGUUACUUGGGUAACUCCAUGGACCUGAGCACGUUUGACUUCCGAACAGGGAAGAUGCUAAUGAGCAAGGUGAACAAAAACCGGCAAAGGAUGCGGUAUGACUGUUCAAGCCAAACCAAGGGUAAACCUGAUUUAAACACCACACUUCCUGUGAGGCAGACAGCUUCAAUUUUUAAACAACCAGUCACUAAGAUCACAAACCAUCCCAGCAACAAAGUGAAGACAGACCCCCAAAAAGCAGUUGAUCAACCCCGACAGCUCUUCUGGGAAAAGAAACUAAGUGGCUUAAAUGCCUUUGACAUUGCAGAGGAGCUGGUGAAAACAAUGGACCUUCCAAAGGGUUUGCAAGGUGUGGGACCUGGAUGUACUGAUGAGACUCUCCUUUCAGCCAUUGCCAGUGCCUUGCAUACCAGCACAAUGCCCAUCACUGGGCAGCUCUCUGCUGCUGUUGAGAAAAACCCCGGAGUCUGGCUGAAUACUUCUCAACCUCUCUGCAAAGCCUUCAUGGUGACUGAUGAAGACAUCAGGAAACAAGAAGAGCUGGUUCAGCAAGUGAGGAAGAGGCUAGAGGAAGCCUUGAUGGCUGACAUGCUUGCUCACGUGGAAGAGAUAGCAAGGGAUGGUGAGACACCUGCAGUAAAGGGUAAUGAAGAAGAGGAAGAGGAGGAGGAAGAGGAUGAUCGUGGACAGGAGAUGGAAAAUGUAUAGUCCAGGGUGUUUUUCUCCAGAACUAGCCUGCACUUGGUCCACAUAGAGGCAAGUGCAUCUUCAGAAUGCUGUGCACUAACUGUUAUCUGCGUAUGUGAACAUGUUUGGCUUCAGUUCACAAGAAGCUGAAGGGACCAGUCAGACUGAGUAGUUUGAAGAAGGACUUGCUAAGCUCAGUUUUUUCUUUCCUCUGCCCCCUCAUUUUUCUCUUAAAAGUAUCUCUUAAAAGUAUCAUAGAGGAAUCAAAAAAGUCAUAUGAACAUAAUCCCUUUAUCUUAUUUCCAGACCAAUAAUUGAAACAGGUUUCCCAAGUCUCUUUCUAAUAGUGUCUGCAUGCCCUAAACGAAUUGGCUUAACCCAGAGAUGUCAUGAAGAAUUUUUUUUUUUUAAGUUUUCUCUAUGUAUUUGAAAUUACAUGUAACAAAAUAUUUUUGGUGGUAUAGGUAAGCUAUUCCACUUGUAAAAUCUUGCCGUGGGGUCUUUAUUUUCUUAUCUGAUUGUUUAAUUUGGGUUCGUUUUAUUUGCUUUUAAAAAAAAAAAAACUCCCAUCAACAGAACGUGCCUUUCCAUGUGGACUGGGAAAUUGAGCCCCCAAAGCUAUACAGAUCCACAUUUUUAUCAAAGUCCCCUUCUUCUGCAUGAAUAUAAAAUGACAUAGAACUAUAAUUCAUGUAGGACUUGAUGAGCACAAACCAUUGUGGAAAGAAUAUUAAAUGAUGAUCAUAAUCAUCCAAUCAGAGAAAAUGUAACCAAAAGGUGAUGUGUGAGUUUUUAGCAACUAUUUGAAAGAAAGGAUUACUUAGUGCUAUUGAUCUCCUCUUGUUCUAUAACUGAAUUAGUCGCUGGGGGGGGGGUUGCCUUUGUCUGAUAUAAUUAAAUGCUUUUCAAAUAGUAAUAUUAAAUUGCUAACAUAAUUUGAGGAGAAGCAAACAAACCAGUCCAGUUGUAAAUGACACAGAAUUUGCCUUAAUGAGUUCCACCUCAGCUGGGAUUAGGUUACUAGAAACACAAAUAAUAACAUCUUUGCUCUUGCUUGCUUCCUAAUGCAUACUGUCUCUAAAUAAAUGGUCAUCAACAUGAUACUUUCAGUGCUAGAUUUUAAAUUUCAGGAUUAGAUGACAGUACUACAUCUCUCUUUUAAAAGAAAAAAGAAAGCCAGGGCUGAUGGAAACCUUGUUCAUGAAUCCUGGCUAGAUUUUACAUUAUUUUGGAAAUGUGGGAUGUAUCUUCCUUUUUAAUUUCCAAAAUUAGAAAUGUGAUCUAAAUGGGCCUAAUACAGCUCUUUUCAUUUUGGACUUAUAAAAGAAAUUCAGGAUUUUGGUCCAGAAGUCUCUAUUUAAUUGUUUUCAGAUUUUUGAGUAUUUGGUUGAAAUCCAUCAUGUAUAUUUCUCUUCUGCUCUUGCAUGCACAUAAGAGUUUUAGUCCCUGCUUGGUUUCUUUUCUUUGUUUAUUUGGAGCAACCUCUCAGCAUAUAAUUCCUAGGAAAUAUCAUAAAUUAUUGUUUUAAGCUUUUUAUGCUGCAAAAUCAUGCUGCGUGCUUAAGUUGUGCUAGGAUGAAGCUGCAACUACAGUAGUGCGCAAAUGUGUAAAGCCCUGUUGAUAAGGAAAUACAGUCUGGCUGUCUUCAAGCCAGAGCGAUGCAUUUCUUUCCUUUUUAACAAAUGAUUUGAUAGUGUGUAGUGUUCAUUAACAAGAAUUUAGAAAAUUCUUCGAUCCUUUGUCUUUCAAAUACACACUCAUCACCACUAUCGCCACCUUACCACUAAUAUGUACCUUAAUUGUAACAGUAUCUUAAUGUACAGUCUUGUUGGGGAAUAUUAGUUUUGUAAUAAAAUG